AAUUCAGUUGAAUUUUCAAAGUGAAGUCCACUGAAUGGUCUACCGCUUUAUACGGUUACCAAAGCUAUGCCCUCAGUCACCUACCCCCUAUUACACUCACCGCUUCUUCUGGUUCCCCAUUACCCCCACUCUUCUUCCUGCAAAUUUAAACAGACUCUCCCAAUCUUUCUCUCUCUUCACCCCCUCUUUCUCUCUCUUCUUUUUCAUCUUCUCUCUGCACUCUGAAACAAAUUUUUAUGAGAGAGAAAGUGAGAGGGAAUUCAUUUAUUCAUUUGUUCAUUCAAUGAAUAAUAAUCAAAUCAAACUCAUUUUUAUUUAAUUUUUUCCCUAAAGUUCCAAUCUUUUAUUCUUCUCUAAUACGUUACUUUUUUUUAUUUAUUUUUUGUUUCCUUUUUACUGUGAUUAUUUUGAAUAAGAAGUACAAAAAUGGUGAUUAAAUUCAGUUUCUUUGAAAUGGGUUUUUCUCCAUUUUUUAUGGGGUUCGAGCUUCAGUAGAUCCAUGAAUUUGUGAUUUUGGUGGGUUUUCUUGAAUUCAGAAGAUGAAUAUUCAGUUUGCUGUUCACAAUCCAAUUAAUUCAUUUGAACUCAAGGUUGAUUGGUGAUUAUCAGAUUGAUUUUCGGGUUAUCGAAGCGUGUAUGUAGACCCUUGAAGGCUAGAGGAAGUAAGGUUGAACUUUUUUGUCAGUUAGUUUUGCUGUGAUUAUGGAUGUGAAAACGAGCAAUUCUAGUGAAAUCUUUGAGGCGAAGAUUAGUUUUUCUGAGCUGCUUGAGCUUGCAGCUGAUAAUGAUGUUGAAGGGUUUAAACAGUGUAUAGAGACGAAACCUAAUGUAAUCGACGAGAUUGGUUUAUGGUAUGGCCGGCAGUUGGGUGCUCGGGGGAUGGUAUUGGAGUACAGGACACCGUUGAUGGUUGCAUCUAUGUACGGAAGUUUGGAUGUGAUGAAGUUUAUUCUUUCUCUCUCAGAGGUGGAUGUUAAUUGUGCUUGUGGCCCUGAUAAGUGCACUGCCCUUCAUUGUGCUGCUUCUGGUGGAUCUUUAGAUGCUGUUGAUGCAGUGAAGCUGCUUGUGGCCAAUGGUGCUGAUCCGAAUCUAGUUGAUGCCAAAGGGAAUCGACCAUGUGAUGUGAUCACUGUUUCCCAGAUGCUUCCUCAGCUGCAAGUUGCCCUUGAAGAUAUGCUUAAUUGCCAUGAUUCUACUGAUCAGAAAGAUCUCCGCGAUUUAGGCAAUGGGUUGAAGGUUGCUCCUUUGGUUAUCCCUACUCUUUCGGAGAACAAAUCUAUCUCCUCUGGAUUAGAGGCUCCUUCAUCUCCUAUGUCCGCAAAGAAGGAGUACCCUGUAGACCCAUCUCUACCUGAUAUAAAGAAUAGCAUUUAUGCUACUGAUGAUUUUCGAAUGUACUCAUUUAAGAUUCGACCAUGUUCACGAGCUUAUUCCCAUGACUGGACUGAGUGCCCCUUUGUCCACCCAGGGGAGAAUGCUAGGAGAAGGGACCCCAGGAAAUUCCAUUACAGUUGUGUCCCUUGUCCUGAGUUUCGUAAGGGUACUUGUAGACGUGGUGAUAUGUGUGAAUAUGCUCAUGGUGUGUUUGAAUGCUGGCUACAUCCAGCACAAUACAGGACUAGACUGUGCAAGGAUGGCACAAGCUGUAAUCGUCGUGUUUGCUUCUUUGCACAUACCCCUGAGGAACUUCGACCUCUCUAUGCAUCAACGGGAUCUGCUGUUCCUUCACCCCGUUCAGUAGCCUCUGCAGCUGUUAUGGAUAUGGCUGCUGCCCUUAAUCUCUUUCCUGGUUCACCAUCUGCAGCAUCUGCCAUGUCACCGUCACCAUUCACACCACCACUCUCUCCAUCUGGGAAUGGGAUCUCUCACUCUGCAGGUUGGCAGCAGCAGAACAUCCCUACCUUGCAUCUUCCAGGUAGCAACAUUCAGGCCAACAAUAUCCAAAGUAGCCGUCUGAGAUCAUCUCUAAAUGCGAGAGAUAUUCCAGCUGAGGAGUUGAGUAUGCUGCAGGAUAUGGAGCAACGUCAUAUCCUUAAUGAUAUGUCUUGCUUUGCACAUGGGAAUCUCUCAGCUCGCCCAAAAUCUCUGGCUCCAUCCAACCUUGAUGAGCUUUUCUCUGCUGAGAUCUCAUCCCCUCGGUACUCUGAUCCACUUGCAGCAUCCGUGUUUUCUCCUUCACACAAGUCAGCAGUUUUUAACCACUUUCAGCAGCAGCAACAAAGCAUGUUGUCACCUAUAAAUACCAAAGUUUUUUCCCCCAAACCAGUUGAUCAUUCCCUUUUACAGCCUUCAUUUGGGCCAUCUUCACCUGGUAUGAUGUCUUCACCUCGAGGCAUCGAUCCUCAGUCUUCUUUCAAUGCUCGUUUAUCUGUACUUGCCUUGCGUGACAAACACCAGCAGAUGCGCAGUUUGAGUGCACGUGAUCUUGGUGCUAAUCUGCCUCGGGACCUCAUACCUGAGACUGGUGGGAUAUCUGGCUCUCCUGUGAAUGUGGGUUCAUGGUCUAAGUGGGAAUUUUCAACCAACGGGAGAGCUGAUUGGUCUAUCAAUGGCGACGAGUUGACUCAUUUGAAGCGAUCUUAUACAGUCGGGAAUAAUGGUGAGGAGCCUGAUCUUUCUUGGGUUCAAUCGUUGGUCAAGGAUUCACCAUCUUCCGAAAAUAAAGAGGUGCCGAGUAAUGCAGUAUCUGGUUCAAUGCUCUGUGCCGAUGGUUCAAAUUCUAACUCUCAGGAACAAUCCGUGGACCAUUCGACUCUGGGGGCAUGGCUUGAUCAGAUUGCUGCUCAGUAGUGCUUGCUUGAACUGGAAAGAGUGAAAACCCAAGUUUUCAUUUUUAUUUUCGAGAUUCAGGUCAGAAUUCAGAAGACUACAAUUAACAAUAGGAGGGAGUUGGAGGACAUUCUUCAAGAAUUUUUUUUACCAUAUAUUAUUUGAUUAUUUAUUAUUAUUACUACAGAAACUAAAAAGAAAAGAUAAAUGGGAACCUAUCUGGGCUAUUUGCAAAGUUGUUGCCCAGCUAAGGUGAUUCUUUUGGUUAUUUUUUUACAUUUAAUCAAUUAAUCAAAUAUCUAUGUAAUAUUUCUUUUGUUCAUGAAUCUUGAUAUUUUUAUUAUUCCAAAGACAAUUCGUUAUGGAGUACUAAAUGAAAAAAGCCCUUGACACGUAUCAAAAA